AUGACAUAUAAUUUGACACUUUUUUAUGAACAGGCGAUAUUAUCAUCGCCUGGUCUGAAGAGACGGCUGUGAGGGUUUAAAACAGGAGGCAGAGGUAAAUGAAACGCUAGUUGUCUUGAACGUAACUCGCUCGGUGCUCGGAGUUGUGCAACGUAUUUGUUUCAUACAUCGUGGGAGUUUCUGAGUUCAAGCAGGGGACCAACAACACAGAAAUCAUCAGUGCAAUGCUGCUUCUCAGACGCUGUCGCAGCCUAACUCGAUUUGGCCCUCUCAACACUCAAAGGAAUCCAGUAGCACCUGCAGUUGCAUCAUGUGCUGUUCGCCUUUGGAGCAGCGGUGGCAGUGAGGACCAGAGAUCGUACAGACAUGCACACGGGCCCAGGUGGAGACAUGCUCUGGCAGGACUGCUAGCUGGGACAGGUGCUGUUCUGGCCUACGGCCUCCACCACCACCAGGCUGAUCAGUCAGACUCCACCAGUUUGCAGACCAUAGAGAAGAUCUCAACUCCUCCCAUCUUCACCCAAGAGGAGGUCAACAGUCACCGCUCUCUGGAAGAUGGUGUGUGGGUCACCUACAAAGGUGGUGUCUAUGACAUCACAGAGUUCGUGGCCAUGCACCCUGGUGGGGAAAAAAUCUUGCUGGCGGCAGGAGGAGCUCUUGAACCCUUUUGGGCGUUGUACGCUGUCCACAACCAGGAACAUGUGCUGGAAAUCCUCUCCGAGUAUAAGGUUGGUGAGCUGAGUGCAGAGGACCAAAAGAAGCAGCAGACUGUUAAAUCAUCUGAUCCCUAUUCCUCUGAUCCUGUGCGUCACCCCGCCUUGAGAAUCAACAGCCUCAAGCCUUUCAACGCUGAGCCGCCUCCUGAAAUCCUCUCUGACAGCUACAUUACCCCUUCUGCUAUCUUCUUCAAGAGAAACCACCUACCUGUUCCUCAGGUAGACCCGGAUUCUUAUCAGCUGCGGGUGGAGGGACUGUCUGAGGGAGUGCUGAUGUUGUCUUUAAAAGAUCUGAAAACUAAGUUCAAGAAACACACUAUCACGGCCACGCUGCAGUGCGCUGGAAACCGCCGCUCUGAAAUGAACAAGGUGAAGCAAGUGAAAGGGCUGAACUGGGGCAUUGCUGCCAUCAGUAAUGCUACAUGGAGCGGUGCAAGGCUCAGGGAUGUUCUGAUGGAUGCUGGGUAUUAUCCUGAUGUUUCUCAGUGGGCGCGUCACGUUCAGUUUGAAGGACUGGACAAAGACGUUACCGGGACAACCUACGGUGCUUCCAUCCCCCUGAACAAAGCCAUUAGUGAGGAUGGUGAUGUGCUCCUCGCUUAUGAAAUGAACGGUGAGGAUCUCCCUGCUGACCAUGGCUAUCCUGUACGUGUCAUCGUACCGGGCACAGUGGGUGCACGUAAUGUUAAAUGGCUGGGGAAGAUCAUAGUGAGUGCAGAGGAAAGCCACAGCCACUGGCAGCAGAACGACUACAAGGGCUUCUCCCCCGGGACCGACUGGGACACGGUGGACUUCAAGUCUGCUCCGGCCAUCCAGGAGCUUCCUAUCCAGUCAGCGAUAACCAUGCCAGCAGAUGGUGCAGUUGUGGAUCGCAGUGAUGAGGAGGUGACGAUUAAAGGUUACGCCUGGAGUGGUGGGGGCAGAGAGGUGGUGCGUGUGGACGUCUCUGUCGAUGGAGGAAAGACGUGGCAGGUAGCCCAGCUGAGGAGCAGCGAGAAGGAACAAGCACCCGCACCCUCGCCGCCACCAGGACAAGCAUGGGCGUGGAAGCUGUGGGAAGUGACGGCUCCUCUUCCUCAAGAGGCUCAGGAGCUGGAGAUAGUUUGCAAAGCAGUGGACAACAGUUACAACAUGCAGCCGGACACGGUUUCUCCCAUCUGGAACCUGCGGGGCGUGCUGAGUAACGCCUGGCACAGAGUGAAGGUGAAGGUCAGGGAGGAUUAAAGCGAGGAACAGACUCGGUGCAUUGAUCGACAUUCAGAAUCCAAAGGUAGGUUACUGACACAGAGUGGUUGGAGUGGAAGUUGUUAAAUAUAUCAUUCAGAGGGGGAAAAAUGUUUUAUAGAGACUUUUGAAGUGUGACCAGAAAUACAGCAUUUUUUUUUUUAUUCAUCAAAACGUGGGCCCCUGCCUGAGAGAUUGAAUGUAUUUUCAGCGCUAACUAAGCUAAAGGCUGUAAAAGACAAAACCAAAACACGACCAGUUUUAUCUCAUGAAGAUUCACUUAGACUGAAAUGUGCCAAUACCUGUGUUAUAAACAUGCAUCCUGAUUGAAAAACUAGUUUUAAGCAAGUCUACGAAUCUCAUUCAAGUGUAAAUGAGUAUUAGAUUUAUUAUAGUGUCAUAACUAUACAUGAAGGCUACUAGACUGAAAUGGAGUGUUUGGCGCACUUAGAGAUCAAAGAAAAGGGACGUUUACAGAGACUGUAAAUAACUCUGAAGUUUAAAACUUUUGGUGCAUCUGUUGAGCUACAACUUUGGCCUUUGCUUCUUCAGGAGACAAUAAAGUCACUUUUUCAAGGAAAAUAAUCAGGGGCAGCUGUAAGUGGUUAUAUCAUCAAUGCUUGUUUUUAUUUAGUUUGCAAUUAAGAGUUGAGCUCUUAACCUUCCUUCUGAAAUUUAGUUUUUUGACCUUUGCCCAAUCUGUUUCAACGUGGUAUGGUGCACCACCAUACAUUACUGAGCUCUAACUUUAGUGCUCCUCUCCAGCGCAGAUUUGACCUGAUGUGUGCUUUUUAAGAAGAGGCCAGCAAAUCAUUAUUUAAAGAGUAAAUAAGAGUUGCAUUUUGGCUCCUAACAAACAGAAUGAGCAGGAUAAUAAUAAUGUGUGUUCAACUAAAUCUAUUUUCUUUUCUCUUUUUUUUCUCAACUUCUUUUUGCUAUAAUCUAACAAUCUAAUAUUUCAGAACUGCUGAAUUCAUGUCAUGCCAAGCAUCACUGUUAUAUGUUGCAUAUCUUUAAAUGUGUAACUUAUAUUUAAAGAUGAUUAAUAAAGAGAUCUAAUUUUACACCAAUGCA